CACAAGUCUCGGUUUCUGCAGAGAUAUUUUCAACCAUCUCAUAACUUGACUGGAAGCAAGAAUUCCUCGACUCCGGGCAACUAUCCAAGAAGGAAAAGAUCACAAACGUUGCUCUUCUUGAUACCUAUGAAAGACUUGGAGCUGGAGUAAAAGCAACAUGACUCUGGCUUAAUGGCUGAGAAGCUUUGGCAAUAUCAGGAAAAAGCAUUGACCAAGGGAAAUGGAAGCUUUCUUCUUCAUGAUCAUCAUCACUGCAGCACUCAUCAGUGGAUUCAUUUAUUGUAACAUUGGCUUCUAUGAGGCUCAAGUUGACAGCCAUGUAGGAAAGCCCAACUUCAUCAUAAUUUUAGCUGAUGACAUCGGAUGGGGAGAUCUUGGUGCAAACUGGCCACUGACUAAAGAAACACCAAAUCUGGACAAGAUGGUUCAGGGUGGAAUGAGAUUUAAGGACUUCCAUGCAGCUGCCUCUACUUGUUCCCCGUCUCGUGCUUCACUGUUGACCGGGCGUCUGGGUUUACGGAAUGGCGUCACCCACAACUUUGCUGUAACCUCAGUUGCUGGCUUACCGCUAAAUGAAACUACAUUGGCUGACGUUCUGAAGGAAUCCAAUUAUUCUACAGCAGUCAUUGGUAAAUGGCACCUCGGACAUUACGGGCCUUAUCACCCUAACUUUCGUGGUUUUGAUUACUAUUUUGGAAUCCCUUACAGUAAUGACAUGGGUUGCACAGAUGAUCCUGGGUACAAUAUUCCUCCAAGCCUACCAUGCCCCAAGGAUCCUGUAAUGGAAAGCUGGAAAGUCAACCCACAUACAAGAGGUGUAGCAUUGCCACUCCUUGAAAAUAAAAGGAUUAUAGAACAACCGGUCAAUCUUAGCAGCCUGACAGAGAGAUAUACAGAACAAGUCAUACAAUUCAUCCAGAAAGCGAGGAAGAGCAUGCAUCCGUUCUUCUUGUACUUUGCACCAGCCCAUAUGCAUGUUCCUUUACAAUAUGAUUCUCAGUUUGCUAACACCUCCACACAUGGUCCCUAUGGAGACGGCCUACGAGAGCUGGACCAUGCGAUCGGCCAGAUCCUGGAGGAAGUUAAUGCAGAUUUUCAAAAUAACACACUAGUGUGGUUUGCUGGUGACAACGGGCCUUGGUCUGAGAAAUGCCAGUUCUCUGGAAGUGCUGGCCCAUUUGUAGGCAAGUGGCAAACACAACAAGGUGGCAGUUCAGCCAAAAGAACUACGUGGGAAGGUGGCCAUCGAACUCCAGCUGUAGCGUAUUGGCCAGGCAAAAUCCCAGCCAACACAACAAGCAGCUUACUGCUAAGCACGUUAGAUAUAUUUUCUACCCUGAUUUCGCUAGCAGGAGCAAACCUGCCUCCAAACAGACGCUAUGACAGUUUGGAUAUAACAAAGGUGUUGUUUGGCCAGUCCCACAGUGGACACAAGGCCCUCUUCCAUCCAAAUAGUGGAGCAGCUGGAGAAUUUGGGGACCUGAAGACUAUCCGUCUAAAGCAGUACAAGGCUUUCUACCUGACAGGUGGUGCCAAAGCCUGCAAGGGUGGAGAGGGGCCGGCACAACAACAUGACCCUCCUCUGAUUUUCAACCUGUUGAAUGAUAGAGCUGAAGGUCAACCUCUAGAUCCGCUCGAUGCUGAGUACCGCGCCGUGUUCCCACAGAUACAGAGGGCCCUGGACAACAUCAUCCGGGACAUCUCUACAGACAACACCUCAAUGGCUGAUUAUUCACACGAUCCCGCUGUAAUUCCAUGCUGCCAACCAAAGCACGUAGUGUGUAGGUGUGAGAAUGUGACCUGAAUACCUCUUCAUAUUUUAAUUAUUGUUUUCACCCAGAAUGACUUUAGGUUCCAAUGUAGUGUAGAGAAUAACUGUGAAAAAUAGCAGGUAAAGAGGUAUUGGCAGGAAGUACUGUGCCUAAGGUACCAAAAAUACCUUGGGUAGAUUUAAAAUAAUUGUAACCUUCCGAAUAAGAAAAGAAACUGUGGCCGUCCUGAAACCAGAAUGGUUUAGAUCAUGCAAGGAGCAGCAUGACACAAAAUACAAUUGGUGUCAGUGUGCUUGUCUCAGCCGAAGGUGUUUUUUAACAAGAAGCUGAAAGACAAGAUCAUAAUCAUAAUCAUUAUAAUCAUAAUCAUUAUAAUCAUACUUUAUUAGCCAAGUAUGUUUUACAACAUACGAGGAAUUUGAUUUGCCAUACAGUCAUACUAAUAAAAAGCAACAGAA